UAUAUAUGGAGAUAUAACACGAGGCCGUUAUAUAUCAUCCCUUUAUAUGGUGGGACCCCGGGCGACUCCACCUGUUCGCACACACGAGCCGAGCCGGGCGGGAUUUAAACACAUUAAUUAUCGACAACAUCAAUCAAUCAGAUAUCAAUCCGUCAAUCAACCACCAAAACCGCUGAACCCCCACCAGGACACCCCGCACUGACUGGUGUCGUCACUGAUAUCCGCAUCGAUGGUCUGGCUGUGACAAUCUGCUUGAUUUGCUGCGUAUCAUCAACGUGUGGAAGAGGAUCUGAGUAGACGUCGGCCGCGCCACCAGCGUCGUCCGUCACCAUGUUUGCAGGCGUUGGGCUCCUAGCUCCUUUUCAGACCCCAACUUCAGCAGAUGGCACACCAAGGAAGGUUCCGCCUCCAACGCCGGUCAGAUUCCCCCAAUGCACCCCACAAACGGAAGACAGGCCUCUAUCGAGCAAGGUGCCAUUGCCCACGUUGUUGCAGACUAUCCAUAGACCAGCGGAUCUUCAACUAUCACACUUCGAAGCUCUGGGAGUCCACGUGAUCCCCGAUGCUUCCCCACGAGACAUUAUUCCGGACCCUAGCUUCCUACCGCCUUUCGAGGAAUGGCUAGCCAUACCUCCAGAGGAGCUGGAAGAGAAGACCAUUGCGAGCAAGAAACGCCUCAGCAAUGGCAACCUAUCACCUGGCAUCCAAACCUAUAUUGAGCGCCGCAAUGAGUUAUCCAUAGACAACACCCCGGCCUUUCGCACAAUUCGACGAAUUCCGCCACCUCCUGGUGAAGCAGCCGUCCGCCUGGGAAACGCAUACGAGUUCUUCAGGAACCUCGAGCUGUUCUCAGGGUACUGGCCGGAUACCUCCCUCCCAACAAAACCAGAUGAACCGUCCUCAGACCCCGGGCCUUCUUCCGAUGAUGGAAAGGGGAAAGAAGAAUCAGCACUACACCUCCAAACCCAUCAUCUCAUAGGAACAGGAUCACAAACUCCCGCAGAAUACCGUCAGCAACUGCUCACGGCCUUUAUCAAGCUGGUCGCCUACGAUUUUGGCUGCAAUGUCUCCUUCUCCCGCUGCGAGCCGCGUCUACACCUCACACCCCCAUCGCCAUCGCCGCCAUCCCAUUUCAACUCCGCUGUGGCAUUCAUCUACCGCACGCCCACCGACCGCGCAUCCGCUCGCUCUGGUAUCGUCGAAGGACCUCUCGCCGCAGUAUCCUGCCGGCCCACCACCGGCUUCACCACGCCGAACGAAGAGCGGCUCGACCUCGCCCGCGAAGUCGUCGCCGUCCUCCUCACAGCUCAACAGCGCGCCCGCGAGGGCAAAUCCGAGAAGCGCUUCGGCGAGGGCAAGUGGUGGACAUCUACGCCACGCUGGGGCGGCGGCCCCGGUGGCCCCAUCGGCAGCGAAGCCGACCGGACGGAGGAACCGAUCCUGGAGCUCGGCCCGGGCGCAGAGAAACUGCCCAGCAGCAUCAGCGAGAUGAAGCGGGCCAUCGGCGGCAUCGGCGGGUCGAGCUCGAGCAAGCGCAGCAAAAAAGGGACCGCGCAGAUCUAUGAGAAUUAUCGCAAACUGCUUCCCCCGAGCAGCACGUGGGAUCGCAAGGCAAGGUAUUCGGCGAUUGGGAAACCAAAGGAUGUGGGCGCGGACGACGUGUUCUUAGUCAGUACGCUCAACCACCAUGUCUGCAUCGUGCGAGCUCGAGUCCCGGAGUCUCUCCUCAGAGUCCUAGAUGGGGAGGAGAUCGAGUGGGAACGUAUGGUGAUGUGGAGAAGUCGAUGGUUUGAUCUCUUCCUAAAGGAAGACCGGAUUCAGGGCAUGGAAUUGAUCUGGGGCAUGAUGGCAUGGUUGAUGAGGAGUGAGAGUCCUGCUGAUACUGACAAAAUGGAUGUUAGUAGGUAGUUAUGGUGCUGGAGAGUGGGUUGGGAUAUCGAAACGAAAUGAAAUUGCAUGCACAGUUGGAUGAUAGGUUUAGAAUGGCGAUGAUGUUUAGGAUUCAAAGAUAAUGCAAUGCAAUUCAUGAGUGAGCACUUCUUAGCAAGCUAACCAGGAUAUAAACGCAGAAGAAAUAGAAAAGUUGAUGAGUGAGCUCUUCUUAGCAAGUUAUCCAGGAUAUAAACGCAAAAGAAAUAGAAAAGUU